GUGGCCUGGAGCCGGGAACGUAUCAGUCGGAAUCAGUCGGUUCAUUUCUAACAUUACAAAAAGUCGCUUGGAUUUUUAGGACGCUAAUAGUUUUUGAAAAAACUAUACAAUGUCUGCAGGAAAUUUAGCCAUUUUGAGCGUGUCUGACAAAACAAACCUUCUACCAUUUGCUAAAAAAUUGCAUGAGUUAGGUUUGACCUUAGUUGCAUCAGGUGGGACUGCGAAAUCUUUGAGAGAGGCUGGUCUCCCUGUAAAAGAUGUUUCUGCUAUUACUGGAGCACCUGAGAUGCUCUCUGGUAGAGUCAAAACUCUUCAUCCUGCUGUACAUGCUGGUAUAUUAGCCAGGCUCACAGAAUCGGAUCAAGAAGAUCUUCGCAAACAAAAUUAUGAGCUUGUCCGGCUUGUAGUUUGCAAUUUAUAUCCAUUUGUAAAUACAGUUUCAAAACCUGAUGUUACAAUUGAAGAUGCAGUAGAAAACGUUGAUAUUGGUGGAGUAACUUUGUUAAGAGCUGCAGCUAAGAAUCAUAAAAGAGUAACUGUUGUUUGUGAUCCUAGCGAUUAUGAAAAAGUAGGAAAAGAAAUGGAAACAUUAGCUGGCAAAGACACUUCCCUGGAAACUAGACAGAUAUUAGCGCUUAAAGCAUUUACUCAUACAGCAGAGUAUGAUAAUGCUAUCUCAGACUACUUCCGUAAACAGUACAGCGUUGGUGUGUCUCAGCUGACAUUACGAUAUGGAAUGAACCCACACCAAAAACCAGCUCAAAUUUAUACUACUAUGGAAAAAUUACCAUUGACUGUAGUAAAUGGUUCUCCAGGUUUCAUUAAUCUUUGUGACGCAUUAAACGGUUAUCAGCUGGUGAAGGAAUUGAAAGAAGCUCUGAAUUUACCAGCUGCUACCUCCUUUAAACAUGUUAGUCCAGCUGGUGCAGCAGUUGGCGUACCAUUAGAUACUGUACAAGCAAAAUUAUGUCAAGUAGAUGAUUUGUUAGGUCAACUGACACCAUUAGCAACCGCUUAUGCUCGUGCUAGAGGAGCAGACAGAAUGUCUAGUUUUGGAGAUUUUGUAGCUUUAUCCGAUCCCUGUGAUGAAGUUACAGCUAAGAUCAUAUUUAGAGAGGUUUCGGAUGGAAUUAUUGCACCAGGUUAUUCUGAGAAUGCACUGCAAAUUCUAAAGAAGAAGAAAAAUGGUGCUUAUUGCAUUCUUCAGAUCGAUUCUGCCUAUGUGCCGUCUCCAAUAGAGCGAAAAGUUUUGUUCGGUUUAACCAUGGAACAAAAGCGCAAUGACGCUAUUAUUAACAGGGAUACAUUCGCGAAUAUAGUAACCAAAAAUUUGACAACUGUUCCUGAUUCUGCUAUGAGAGACUUAAUCGUGGCUACUAUUGCUGUAAAAUAUACGCAAAGUAAUUCGGUAUGUUAUGCUAAGGAUGGGCAAGUUAUUGGAAUUGGUGCAGGACAACAGUCUAGGAUUCAUUGUACAAGGCUUGCUGGUGACAAAGCUGACAAUUGGUGGCUUCGUCAGCAUCCUAAAGUUACUAGUAUGAAGUUUAAGAAGGGCGUAAAACGUGCAGAGAUUUCAAAUGCUAUUGAUAAUUAUGUAAAUGGAUCUAUAGGAAAAGACAUGGAUGAAUCAGCUUGGGCAGCUAUGUACGAAGAAGUACCAGAAAAACUUUCUGAGAAUGAUAGAUUCGAAUGGAUCAAAAAAGCAAAUAACGUUGCUUUGAGUAGUGAUGCUUUCUUCCCAUUUAGGGACAAUGUGGAUAGAGCCAGACUGAGUGGUGUAAAAUAUAUUGCAAGUCCUUCUGGUUCUACAAAUGAUGAGGCAGUAAUAAAAGCCUGUGAUGAACAUAAAGUUAUGUUAGUUCACACUAAUCUGAGAUUGUUCCACCACUGAGUGAACCAAUCAUGUAAUUAAAUCAACACUAUUUGUUAGAUGAUUGCUUCACAAUGUUGAACUUAUGCGAUGUUUGCUCAAAUUAUUGUGCCAUUCAUUGCAUUGCGAAAACAGUUUUAUCGGUAAUGGCCGACAAACAACUUAAUUAGAUAACAAUUUUGUUAAAGCAAUUCAUCUAAAUACUGCAUAAAUACCUAAAUGCUCUAAAAAUAGUUGCU